AUGGAUAAGUCAAAUCAAGAAACUACGACGCCCUCAAUGCAUACCGUUCGAUCAAUAGAAGAAGAGAGAAUCUUCACCAAAUUUGUAUCCCUCCCUGACGAAUUCAAGCUUUUGAUAUGGGAAUUCGCCAUCGUUGCCAUUCCACCCCGAGUCAUCGAGUUUGAAGCAGAUCUUCCGAAAUCUGAUGGGAGACACAUAGGGACCCAAAUAAGAACAGGUCGUGCAACGAAGAUUAACCGAUAUGCCUAUGAUGAUUUUCCAAUCAUAGACUACCACGGCCGUCUUACUUUUCGGUGUGCCUUUUUGACCGAAUUUCAACAUGCUAAUGGAAACCCUCCUGCUCUCUUACACACUACCCGUAUAUCUCCAAAGAUAGCACUCAAAUACUAUCAGUCUUGCUUCUCGUCUUUUCUAGAACGGCCUAUUUACUUCAAUCCCGAGAAAGAUCUUGUUUACAUCAAUCGAUUGAACAAUGCGAAAAGUGAGAUCACUUAUAGAAAGAAUCCUUUUGAAUGGGCAUCGGAGGAGGACAAAAGGCGCAUUACCCACUUGGCGUUCAAUUAUGAUAACCUGUUCCUGGAGUGGAACCACUGGCUCGAAUCUUAUAUCAGAUAUUCAAUUCAGCAACUGACGAAUGCUCACGUGGUAAGCUUUUUCUUGCGUAAAUCAGAUAUCAAGGAUUUGCGAGACAACAAGGCUCACAGGGACGGGACAUCGGUUUUGCACAGGAAACGACAGGAUGGCGACAUCGUGCAUGAAACUGAAAUCUAUGGAAGUUGCGAUAAGGUUGAGGAGGAGGAGGAGGAGGAGGAGGAGGAGGAGGAGGAGGAGGAGGAGGAAGAGGAGGAGGAGCCAGACUUUGAGGGUGUCAGCAAUAUUGAUGAUGAUGCUGCUACAGCCUCAGGCCACUUUGAAAUUUCAGGUGGACAUCUCGAUGAUGAUUUCACAGUUGCAGAUGAUGGUAAUGUUGGAGACGACCAAAGUUCGAGCGAGGACAGCGAUAAUGACUCUGAAGAUUUCUUACCUCAUCAUGUUAUGCCGGUUCGUUACUACAGGGGUUUAAAGCUAACAUCGCAACAACUAAAGGUUGAUUGGACAUUUGCAAGGUGGGAGUUGUGGAAGCCUAUAUGGAAAGAAUUUUUCAUUGAAAGGUAUGAGCUUCCAAAUUUUGAUGAUGCUAAUUUUCCAGAGGAAGGGGUUCUAGAUAAUCCUGAUUGGAAGCUUCCCCGUGUACAGCUCUUAAACUUCGAGAAAAUGGGCUGCCCAAUAUCGGAUUAUAAUAGGCAUUGUCUUUAUCCGGAGGAAGAGUUUGUUUGUAGCUGCGAAUCCGAUGAUGAUGAUUUGUAG